CAAAUGAAUCGCGUUCGAUGCUUUUUUUGACAAGUACCAAAUAUCAGUUUUCCGUACGUUUUUCUAUGGUAUAUUUAUAAAAUCAAAAAUUCAAAAUUAUUAGUUACUUUUGGAAGAGAUUGAAAAUGGACGAGGAAACCGGAAAAGAGGAGCAGCAGGCGACGUCAAGUAAGAAGGAAAAUUUGAGGAAUACGGGAGACGAGCACGGGCAACACGAUGUUAAAAGGAAAUAUGACACUAGCCAAAAAUAUGAUGAACGAGGCACUGAUGCUGUUUCGAAUAGCGUGUCGUUUACUUCCUCUUAUUCAGCUAGAAGUUUAGAUGUGGCGGAUGUUAGGCAAAGAGGGACAAAAGGUCAGAAGAAGAAGAGGUCUAAACGGCUAAUUGGGAAGGCUGAGAAAAGGACCAGGUCUGCGACGAGGCGCCGAAUUAUCCGCAAGGCACCGAAACGCAAACCAAGGCUGCGGAAAGACCGAGACCCUUCUGUGUCUACGAUAUUCACCAGGUUAACAUCAGGGAGUGGCUCUCAAGGUUGUAAUUUUUGCGGCCAUCGCUGCUGCCGAAGAAGAUACAAGAGUGAGAAGAAAAGAAUAGUGGAUAGAAGAAAAGAUAUGGCUGUUUCUGUGAAAGAGGAAAGAAGGAGUGCCAAAAGCAUCCAAGCUGGGUCGAGGGCCAAUAUGUUGUCACCUUUAUUCAUCAAUACUAAUUCCGCAGUACCUGAACCACAAGAAGAAAGAAUGACGUGCAGUGAAAUUACCCCAGAGAUGAUUUUCGACAGUGUCAGAAAACUCACCAUGUGGAGACAGUAUGCGCUCACAACAGCUAUAUUUCAAUAUGUUAAGUUGAACUUUCCUGUGAAUCCUGACGAAAUGCAGCUGAUGGAAGAACUAGAGGAGAAACUGGACAUAGCAGCUUUAGCCGAAAUAAUAACGAAAGGCGACGAAGGCUGGUGCCUGAACUGCCGGCUGCAGGACCGGUACAUCACGAAGAACCACGUGACCAAAUUCUGGCAAAUUUACGCGGACACCCUCAGACCUGUCCACAAGAGACCCCCGGUUUUAGAGCCUACCAAUGUUGAUACAACAAAUCAAGGAGUUUCGGCAAAUCAACUGCACUAUUUAAUUAAUAGACACGAUUUUAUAUAACCUUCUAUUUUUAUU